AUGCUAAGGAGCACCCUGUUGUGCACGGUGCUCGCACUCGUGCGCACCCAGCCCUUCCUCUGCCCUAAAUCCUGCAAGUGUGAGGUCCGCGAUGCUGUGCAGUGCUCGGGCAGCAGCGUGGCUAGCAUCGCCGCGCUAGGUCUGCCCAGGAACCUCACACACAUGGUAUUCUUCGGAAUGGAUCAGGGCGUUUUGCGGAACCACAGCUUCAGUGGCAUGACAGUCCUGCAGCGCCUGAUGCUCUCAAACAGCCACGUUUCCGCCAUCGACCCGGGCACCUUCAAUGACCUGAUAAAACUAAAAACCCUCAGGUUGACGCGCAACAGAAUCUCCCAUCUUCCAGGCGCGCUCCUGGAUAAGACGGUGCUCUUGGAACAGUUGUUCUUGGACCACAAUUCACUAAGGGACCUUGACCAAAACCUGUUUCAGAACCUGCUUAACCUGAAGGAGCUCUGUUUGAACCAGAAUCAGCUUUCUUUUCUUCCUGCUAACCUUUUCAUGAGCCUGCGGAAGCUGAAGGUGUUGGACUUAUCGGGAAACAACCUGACCCACCUGCCCAAGGGAUUGCUUGGGGCGCAGGUUAAACUAGAGACACUGCUGCUCUACUCAAACCAGCUUGCGUCUGUGGAUUCGGGGCUUCUGGAUAACCUGGGCGUCCUGACUGUGCUGAGAUUGGACAGGAAUCACCUCUAUUCUGUCGCACCCGGUGCCUUCGACAGCCUCGGAAACCUGGGCUCCUUGACUCUGUCCAGAAACCGCCUGGCUUCUCUGCCACACGCGCUCUUCCUUAAUACCAGCCGCGUGACUUGGCUGACCCUGUUCGAGAACCCUCUAGAGGAGCUGCCAGAGGUGUUGUUCGGGGAGAUGGCCGGUCUGCGGGAGCUGUGGCUGAACCGCACCCAGCUGCGCACGCUGCCUGCCGCCUUCUUCCGCAACUUGACCGGCCUGCAGACGCUGGGGGUGACGCGGAACCCGCGCCUGAGCGCGCUCCCGCGCGGCGCGUUCCAGGGCCUUACAGAGCUGCGCGUGCUCGCCCUGCACUCUAACGCCCUGACCGAGCUCCCGGACGACGCGCUGCGCGACCUCGGCCGCCUGCGCCAGGUGUCGCUGCGCCACAACCGGCUGCGGGCCCUGCCCCGCACGCUCUUCCUCAACCUCAGCAGCCUGGAGACCGUGCAGCUGGAGCACAACCAGCUGGAGAUGCUGCCUGGAGAUGUGUUCGCGGCCCUGCCCCAGCUGACUCAGGUCCUGCUGGGUCACAACCCCUGGCUCUGCGACUGUGGUCUGUGGCCCUUCCUCCAGUGGCUGCGGCAUCAUCAAGACCUCCUGAGCCGAGACGAGCCCCCGCAGUGCCUUGGCCCGGAGCCACGCGCGGGCCUGUUGUUCUGGGACCUACUGCAGGGUGACCCAUGGUGCCCGCACCCUCGACGCCUGCCUCUCAACCCUCUAGCCGAGAACACCCUGGAAGUCCCCGCCCCGUCCCAGCUGCCUCACAGCUCGCAGUCCCGUGAGUGGGUCCAACUGGUGGCCAAGGAUGAAGGUUCCGAUCACAGCCUCUACUGGGGUCUUUAUGUUCUGCUUUUAGUAGCUCAGGCCAUCAUAGCCGUGAUCAUCGUGUUUGUCAUGAUUAAAAUCGGCCAGCUGUUUCGAACAUUAAUCAGAGAGAAGCUCUUGUUUAAGGCAAUGGAAAAUUCAUGUAACUAAUUAAAACGUGACCAGAGUGGUGGACGGGGCCCCAGGGAGAAUCCAGUCAGGAUGCUGCGCCCUUCCGCCUUUUCCCACGCCCUCUCUUCUCUCCCCUGCUUUUUCUUCCUCUUUUUCUUCGCUCUCUCGUUGUUUGUUUCUUCUGUUCCCCUCUCCUAAGAUGUGCCUUUUGUAAAUCACUACGCUUGCUAGCCUGUUCUCAGUUCCCUUCUCUGUUGUUAGCUUCGGGGUGGGGGGUAGGAAACUUGGCUUGUGUUUGACUCAUCUGAUCCCACCCUGAGGCGCUUUCUUAGUUUCUGGGUUUGAGGACACUCCUAGGUGGGCAAGACCUUUCCUGCACCCGGCAAGGGUUGGGUAACAUUUACUGAUGGAACACCUGCAUAAAACGAAUCCCAGAAUUGAUGACUUUUCCAAGGAGAAAGCUGGAGUCUUCUUGUCUCUUUCUACUUGAAAGGAGAUUCGUGUCCGUUCUUUUUUGUUCUCAUUUCAGGUUCUUUGUGAGGACUGUUUAGGAGGGCGCUGGAUUCUGAUCCAGUGACGAAUUUUAGGGUAAGCCUCUUGGGCUGAGCUAGAACACACAGGAGCUCCCAUCCCCACCCCCAGGGACAAGGGCCACUUCCUGGCACCCACUCCUGACCUGACUGGAAUGGCAUUUGCCACUGAUAUGGGGUUGGGAGCUCCCGUGUGUCCUGGCUCAGUCCAUCACAGAGGAGGCUUGCUCAGAAACAGGGCUCCCUACACAGGAGCCAAAGCCUGGCUGAGGGGUUCCGGAACUCAUCUGGAGAAGCCAUGUGCCAGGAAGCUUGGGGAGCUGCUCCGUAUGUCCCAUUGGCCUUCUGGGAGUUUCCAUUGCUUUGCACCAGGGAAAUGUCAUUUGGUUCCCAUUUCCUAGAGGUAAAUGCCACCUCAUUUCAUAAGCAUUUAUGGAGCUGUGCCCGUGUGAUAGAUAGGUGCUCAUGAACGUAAUGAUAGCUUGGUUUCCAUGGAUGGCGCUUGUAGCACAUUCCCAUUUAUCCUUCCAAUUGAGAGCAAUUAAACCCUUGUUGCCUUAAUUGGCUGUCUGUGCUUGGGAGAGGCAGUGGUUAAACACAUGCACUGGGAACUGACAACUGCGGCUUCUGUCUCGGUAUCCCCAUGUACUAACCCCUGAGGACUUUGUACACACAUCCUGUAAGCCUGGGUUUCCUCAUCCCUGAAAGGGGACAAAACAGUGCCGGCCUCACAGGGCUGGUGUGAGACUUAAAGGUAAUAAAACCCACAAAGACUUAACCCAGUGCCCUGCAUACAGAAACUGCUCCGGGAACCAUAGUCACUACUAAAGAGUAUACAGUUCCGUUCUCAUCCCACACCCUCUUUAUUUCUGAGACACUGGGUAACCCUGCAGCCCAGGCUGCUUCUGAACUUGAGAUCGUCCUGUCUGAGCUCUGGGGUUAUAGGGCUUGGGCUGCCAUACUCAGCAGGUAUCAUGAUUUUUAAAGAAGAUAUUUACCCCCUCUGUAUAUAAAAGAGUAAAUUUUCUCAAACAGAAGGUUAUAUCCAAACCAGUUAUAUCUGUCUGUCUGUAUCUGUGAUCUCAGUCCUGUGUGCUUGGGUUCUGCUCACAGGCCACAGCCAUGGAUCCUCCCAAUGCUGUCAGGGCACGUGGUGGAGAAAGAGCUGGAUCCUGAAAUCUGUCUGCAUGUACUAAUUCAACACCAGCUUCAACUAUUGCCUCCUUGGUGACGCCCUCCCUUUUCCUCACUGUGUGCUUCCUGUACAUGCUGCUUCUCGGGUGCUGGGAACCACCACCCUCAGUCUGGUCCUGUGUGUUAUUUUAGGGUAUCUGGAGCCACUUAUAACUUAAAAAUCCAGAUUUGUGUGUGUGUGUGUGUGUGUGUGUGUGUGUGUGUGUAAUGCGGACUUUCUAACCACUAUUCUCUGGGACAUGCUUUCUCCCAUGAAGCCUGUUUUGUUCACCUGUAGGGUGAGGGUAAGGGUUGUCCCUGCUUUGAGGUAAUCCCUGCUAGGUAAAGACAGUGGGUUGGUCUCUGGGGCCCAGUGGCAGCUGUUUUGAUGGGCUAGUCUAGAGCCCACGUGUUCUAAUGCGUCUCCCUGCCUCUUCAUGUGUUGUUCAUUUGGCAAACUGAUUUACUAUUCUAUACCAAGCUCUCUGGAAAGUAGAGAGGCAAAGCCAGGGGUGAAACAAAAUGCCCACUCACUUCUACGGGGUUCUGCCCUGGGGUCCUACCAGCCGUGAGGUUGUCCCAAACUCCAGGACAUUCAGAACUGAAGUGUGGAGGACAGCUUCAGACAUUUCAGCCAGCUUCAUGACAUAUUCAGACUUCUCUCUCUUUGACUGGCCUCAAACUCACAGAGAUCUGCCUGCCUCUGCCUCCUGAGUGCUGGGA